AUGGCGUCUGGUAGUGGCCGGGGUGGCGGAGGAAACGACGGCGAGUACGAGUACGAGUAUGCCGAGUCGGGCGGGACGAGCGGAGCCAACGGGCAGGGCAAUGAGGGGAAGGACGGCGGGCGGACGGUGGCGACAGGGACGGGAACGAGGCAGACCGGGUUCGGUGGCAGGAAGAGCAAGGGCAAGCGCCGGAGGAAGCGGGCGCCGCGGUGCAAGCUGCUGGUCAAGCGGCGCGGACAUCUCAUUCCAGAGUCGGUGGAGGCUGCCGAGGUGGCGGCCGAGUACUGUCUGGUGUGUCAGGAGUGGGUGGCGCGGAACAAGCUGGCGACGGCUCAGAUGGCGCGACUGACGCGGCUCGAAGCUGAGCUGGAGAUGGAGCACACCCGCGCCGAGGAGAGCAUAGUCGCGUACGAGAGCCAGAUUGCCGAGCUGACCGAGACGGUCAAGACUCACCGGCAGGCGCAAAUGCAGAGCCGCAGCGAGCUCGACAAGCUGCACGUCCACUGCGAGGAUCUGCAGGCCGAGCUGGACGAGGCCAAGAACACGCUCGUGGUUGUGCGCGAGGAGGCUAAGGAGGCCUCGGCGAAGCGGGUGGCUGCUGAGGCCUCGGCGUCGAACCUGUGGUCGCGGCUGACGCAGGCGAACCACGAGCGCGAUCUGAGCAAGAACGAGCUCAAGUCGACAAACAAGGCACUCGGCGAGUCGCGCAAGGCGCUUAAGACCGCCAUCGAGCAGCUCAACGCGGCCAAGGACGAGAACGACAACCUCCGCGCGAACGUCCAGGCGCUGGAGAGCAAGAUCACCCGCAUGCGCGUGGCCAUCGAAAAGGUCAAAGCGCAGCGCAAGCUCGAAGCCGACAUCCACGCCAAGGAGCUGCAGGAGCUGCACUCGGUCGGCGUCCGCCGCAUGAUGUACGGCUCCUCGUCGUCGUACAAGCCUGCACAGCCGUCCAAGGACGCCUCGCUCGCUUUCCAGAUCGCGCUCUCAAAGAUCGACCGCCACGUCUCGCCGCACGACCCACAAGUCGGCGUCGACGACCCCGACGAGGUGGAUCUUUACUGA